AUGGAACUUGAUAAGGAGUAUGCUCUCAUGGAGAGGAAGAAGGAAGAAAGCGUUCAUGAGUUCACUGAGAGGUUUAGGGAGCUUGUGACCCGGAUAAAUUUUUAUGCAGCCUACGGUAACGUUCCUGAUUUUGUGCGCAUACAAGAUAUUCUUUCCAAGUUGCCUCCAAUGUAUCAUGAGGCUGUAAUCGAGGCUCGUUAUUUACACGGAGUUAAUAAAGAAUUUACACUCACUGAAGUUUUGCACAUCUUGCGAGAAGCCGAACGGUUUAAGAAGCGUGAAGAAGCUUCGCACAACAACGAAACCUCGCAAUGCUACUCAAACAACAAGAGAGGAAGACGAUAG